UAGGACGAUGCUGCUUUCUUCGUCGAUCAACACAUGCUUCUCCUCUGCCGCUCUUGUAUUAGAGCCUGCUUAGGAACCUGCACAAGCGCUGCUGUCAAAGGCUUCGAGUACAUUAGACCGAUGCAAACUUUGCAAUCUUGACUGGAUACUUAGUUUGCCCAGCAAUACACAGCAUAAAUCGGCAUACGCAACGCGCGCUACUUGAUCACAUCUGCUAUGGCACCUAUACCAUUUCGGCCCACGAGGACUGUGGAGACUCUGUCACAAGAUGCAGCUAAAGCAGCCGUCAGUGCCUGUGAAGAGAAAGCUCGGUCAAUUGGCGUCCCAAUGAACAUUGCCGUCACAGAUCACGCUACCCAUCUACUCGCCUUCUCGAGAAUGGAUGGCGCGAAGAUCACAAGCAUAAACAUCGCGAUAGACAAGGCUUUCACAGCUGCCGGUCACCGUGUAGGCACGCACACAUACAAGGAGGCAGUGUGGCCUGGUGGUGCCGCCUUCGGCAUAUGGAACACAAAUGGAAACCGCUUCACCACGAUAGGUGGUGGUCUGCCCAUUGUCGGGAAAGAUGGUCAGAUUUUGGGUGCCGUCGGUUGUUCGACGGGUACACCGGCACAGGACCAAGAGGUUGCGCAGGCGGGAGUCGACGCGGUGCAGAAGCUAUUGAAGGGUACUCCACUCGCAAAGCUAUAAUACUUGUCACUGCCUAGAUGCCGUCGGGUCGACCGAAAUCUUAAUUACGGCUUGAGCCGGGAAAUAAGAGGUAAAAGAAGGAGUUUGAAGUGAAGUUUGAUUUUGUACUUUACUUCUAGCUGGAGGCUUGCGUGACCUUUCCUUGUCUGGAUCCGAUAAUGACUGCCUCUCCGAAUGUAUCUGGAAUUGUGAGUAACCAUCUUUACCUUCAUCUAUUGUAUAUCUCCCCGCGCGUCAGAAUUAAGCCAGGCACAUUAGUCGUAUUUAACAAGGUAGGAGAUUUCAUGCACCGAUCUCUAAUUUGAAAGUCAAAAAUCGACCCUAUCUGUUGCCAUCAUCCCGAACUG